CAGUGCUGCCGCAGUGCCGCCCGCCCCGUCCUGGCCUUGGGUAUCGCCCUCCGCCGGCGGCCGCACCUGCUCCCGCCAUGAUGAGCUUCAGCGGCGCGGACGCGCUGCUGGGCGCCCCGUUCGCUCCGCUACAUGGAGGCGGCAGCCUGCACUACGCGCUGGCCCGCAAGGGCGGCGCGGGCGGAGCGCGCUCUGCUGCGGGUUCAUCCAGUGGCUUCCACUCCUGGGCGCGGACAUCCGUGAGCUCCGUGUCGGCCUCCCCGAGCCGCUUCCGAGGCGCAGCAGCCACCUCAAGCACCGACUCGCUAGACACGCUGAGCAACGGACCGGAGGGCUGUGUGGUGGCAGCAGCAGCGGCCCGCAGCGAGAAGGAGCAGCUGCAGGCGCUGAACGACCGCUUCGCGGGCUACAUCGACAAGGUGAGGCAGCUUGAGGCUCACAAUCGCAGCCUGGAAGGCGAGGCGGCGGCCCUGCGGCAGCAGCACGCUGGCCGCGCCGCCAUGGGCGAGCUAUACGAGCGAGAGGUGCGCGAGAUGCGCGGCGCUGUGCUGCGCCUGGGCGCGGCGCGCGGUCAGCUGCGCCUGGAGCAGGAGCACCUGCUGGAAGACAUCGCGCACGUGCGCCAGCGCCUAGACGACGAGGCCCGGCAGCGGGAGGAGGCCGAGGCGGCGGCGCGCGCACUUGCGCGCUUUGCGCAGGAGGCCGAGGCGGCGCGCGUCGAGCUGCAGAAGAAGGCGCAAGCGCUGCAGGAAGAGUGCGGCUACCUGCGGCGUCACCACCAGGAGGAAGUGGGCGAGCUGCUCGGCCAGAUCCAGGGCUGCGGCGCCGCGCAGGCGCAGGCGCAGGCCGAGGCGCGCGACGCCCUGAAGUGCGACGUGACGUCGGCGCUGCGCGAGAUCCGCGCGCAACUUGAAGGCCACGCGGUGCAGAGCACCCUGCAGUCGGAGGAGUGGUUCCGAGUGAGGCUGGACCGACUAUCAGAGGCAGCCAAGGUCAAUACAGAUGCCAUGCGCUCAGCACAGGAGGAGAUAACAGAGUAUCGCCGCCAGCUACAGGCCAGGACUACAGAGCUAGAGGCUCUCAAAGGCACUAAGGAGUCACUAGAGAGGCAGCGCUCUGAGCUGGAGGACCGUCAUCAGGCUGACAUCGCAUCCUACCAGGAAGCCAUCCAGCAGCUGGAUGCUGAGCUGAGGAACACCAAGUGGGAGAUGGCAGCCCAGCUCCGAGAGUACCAGGACCUGCUCAAUGUCAAGAUGGCUCUAGAUAUUGAAAUUGCUGCUUACAGAAAACUCCUGGAGGGUGAAGAAUGUCGGAUUGGCUUUGGCCCCAGUCCUUUCUCCCUUCCAGAAGGACUUCCCAAAAUCCCCUCUACAUCCACUCAUAUAAAGGUCAAAAGUGAAGAGAAGAUCAAGGUGGUAGAAAAAUCAGAGAAGGAAACCGUGAUUUUGGAGGAACAGACAGAAGAGAUCCAAGUGACUGAAGAAGUGACUGAAGAAGAAGAGAAAGAGGCCAAAGAGGAGAAAGGUGAGGAGGAGGAAGCAGAAGGGGGAGAAGAAGAAGCAAAAUCUCCCCCAGCAGAAGAGGCUGCAUCUCCAGAAAAGGAAGAGGCCAAGUCACCAGUUGGAGCCAAGUCCCCAGAGAAGGAGGAAGCUAAGUCCCCAACUGAGGCCAAGUCCCCAGUGAAGGAAGAGGCCAAGUCCCCAGAAAAGGCUAAGUCCCCCAUGAAAGAAGAAGGAAAAUCACUAGCUGAGGCCAAGUCCCCAGCUAAGGAAGAGGCUAAAUCUCCAGCUGAGGUGAAGUCCCCUGAGAAAGCUAAAUCUCCCAUGAAAGAAGAAGCAAAAUCUCCAACUGAGGUCAAGUCCCCAGAGAAGGCCAAGUCCCCAGCUAAGGAAGAGGCCAAGUCCCCAGGUAAGGAAGAGGCCAAGUCCCCUGUGGAGGCCAAGUCACCUGAGAAGGCCAAGUCCCCGGUCAAGGAGGAGGCCAAGUCCCCAGAGAAGGCCAAGUCACCGGUGAAGGAGGAGGCCAAGUCCCCUGAGAAGGCCAAAUCCCCAGUGAAGGAAGAGGCCAAGUCACCUGAGAAGGCCAAGUCCCCAGUGAAGGAAGAAGCCAAAUCCCCAGAGAAGGCCAAGUCACCAGUGAAGGAGGAGGCCAAGUCCCCAGAGAAGGCCAAAUCCCCAGUGAAGGAAGAGGCCAAGUCACCUGAGAAGGCCAAGUCCCCAGUGAAGGAGGAGGCCAAGUCACCUGAGAAGGCCAAGUCACCUGAGAAGGCCAAGUCCCCAGUGAAGGAGGAGGCCAAGUCGCCUGAGAAGGCCAAGUCCCCAGUGAAGGAAGAGGCCAAGUCACCUGAGAAGGCCAAGUCCCCAGUGAAGGAAGAGGCCACGUCACCUGAGAAGGCCAAGUCCCCAGUGAAGGAGGAGGCCAAGUCAACUGAGAAGGCCAAGUCACCUGAGAAGGCCAAGUCCCCAGUGAAGGAGGAGGCCAAGUCGCCUGAGAAGGCCAAGUCCCCAGUGAAGGAAGAGGCCAAGUCACUUGAGAAGGCCAAGUCCCCAGUGAAGGAGGAGGCCAAAUCCCCAGAGAAGGCCAAGUCCCCAGAAAAGGCCAAGUCUCCAGUGAAGGAAGAGGCUAAGUCCCCUGAGAAGGGUAAGACUCUUGAUGUUAAGUCCCCAGAAGCCAAGACUCCAGCAAAGGAAGAAGUAAGGUCCCCUGCAGACAUCAAAUCUCCCGAAAAGGCAAAAAGCCCUGUCAAGGAGGAGAUCAAGUCCCCAGAGAAGGUCAAAUCUCCUGUGAAAGAAGAGACCAAGGCUCCUGAGAAAAAGGUCACAAAGAAGGAAGAGGCAAAGUCCCCCAUAAAGGAAGAAGAGAAACCCCAAGAAGUGAAAGUCAAAGAGCCCCCAAAGAAGGUAGAGGAAGAGAAAGCCACACCAAAAGCUGAGGAGAAGGACAGCAAAAAAGAUGAGGUGCCAAAGGAGGCUCCAAAACCUGAGGUCCAGGACAAGAAGGAACCGGCUGUGGAGAAACCCAAAGAAUCCAAAGAUGAAGCCAAGAAAGAGGCUGAAGAUAAGAAAAAAGCAGUGACCCCAGAGAAGGAGGCUCCUGCCAAGGUAAAGGAAGAGGCCAAACCCAAAGAGAAGGCUGAGAUGGCUAAGAAGGAGCAAGAUGAUGCCAAGGCCAAAGAACCUAGCAAAGCGGCAGAGAAGGAGCCAGAGAAGCCAAAGAAGGAAGAGACACUGGCAGCACCUGAGAAAAAAGAUGUCAAGGAGGCCAAGAAGCCUGAGGAGAAACCCAAAGCAGAGGCCCAAGCCAAAGAAGAGCCCAGCAAGGAGGCCCCCACACCUGGCAAAGCCAAGACAGAAAAGGCUGAGAAAUCCUCUAGCACAGACCAGAAGGACAGCAGGCCUGCAGAGAAGGCCACGGAAGACAAGGCUUCCAAGGCGGAGAAAUAAGGCAGGGAGAAAGGACUCCAGAACAGCCAAAGAAACUUAGGAGGGCCCAGGAGCUCAAGGGUCAACAUAACAAAUUUUCAUUUUUUUCUCCCUUUCUUUAUAUAAGAAGAAACUUUGCUUGGGUGAUGGGGCCCUCCUUCACCAAACAGGAAUUUCUAUUAGCAAUAGGUUAGCAAGAGAGGGUAUUCCCAGUCCCUGGCCCUACACCCUGAAUUCUCUGCAGGCGAUGGACAGUUAUGUUAUGAUAGCUUAUGUAGCCGAAUGUGAUAUAUGCCGAAUGCCAUAUGUAAACACUUGACUAUAAAAACUGACCCCCUCCUUUCCAAAUAAGUGCAUUUAUUACCUGUAUGUGCAAUUGACAGAUGAUCGCAAUAAUGAAUGAGCAGUUAGAAACACAUUAUGCUUGAGAUGUCUUAACCUAUUCCUGAAUGCCUUCUGUUUUCCAAAGGAGUGGCUGAGCCCUUGCCCAGAGCUCUCUAUCCUGGAAGAGCUGGAGCAGGUGGGGCUGGGCACUAGCCACUGAAUCAUGCCAGGGCGCACUUUUCCACUGAAGUCCACUUUCAAUUGCUUCUGUGCAAUAAAACCAAGUGCUUAUAAAAUGAA